UUUCAUCAUUCUGUGGUGUUGGGUAGAAACUGCCAAGAUGCUCAAUCGAAUAAAAAAGUAAUUAUAAAUAUUCAAGUGACGUAACUGAUACGAAUCGAACUUCAAAAGGGAAGAAGAAAAAAAGUAACUCCUACCCAAUAAUAAUAAUAAUAAUAACAUUAAUAAUUUAGAGAAAAUGGCCAAAGAAUACAAAGGGAAUCCCUUCUGUGCUCUGGCAGUGUUGGCGCUGGGAUAUGCCGUCAUACUCGGGCCUCUGCUUCUCUACUACGUUCCCACGGGUCGGAAUGGCGUUUUCUACUACUUUUACAACAGCACGGACGGCGAGAGAAACCCCUUCCUCCCUACCGCCGAGGGUCUGUCCGAAGUGCCCAUUUCGUCGAGCUCUGACGUCACUCUCAUCAUCCACGGCUUCAGCGAGUCUUCACACCGGCCUUGGAUUCACAGGCUUACUAAAGCCCUGAUAGCGAGAGGCGAAGGGAACCACGUCGUCCUCGUGGUGGACUACUGGGACCUUCACAGCCUCAACUACCUCGUCAUGAGACAAAACGCGAGGAUCGUGGCGGAUCUCAUCGCCGGCCUCAUCGACGGGCUCGUGCGGGAGAACGAGAUGGACCUCUCACGCACACACGUCGUGGGCUUCAGCAUGGGCGGGCGUAUCAGUGGCAUGGUGGGCCAGCGCUUGAAGACAGGCACUUUAGGCAGAAUCACAGCAUUAGACCCUUCCUUCCCCUUCCUACACCCCGUGGACAACCCAGAGCAGCUGGACUCCUCAGACGCGGACUUAGUGGUCAUCCUGAGGACGUCGGUGGUGUCCUACUUCAACCCAAAAGGACACGUGGAUUUCUCCCCCAACGGAGGCAUCGUCCAACCAGGCUGCGACAUCUGGUUCUAUCCGAGUCCAGUGCAACAGGGAUGCAGCCACUUCCGCGCCGUGACAUUAGCUCUCGAGGCAGCGCAGAUGGGAGGCCAGGGCGUGUUUCCUUCGUGCGGCUGCCAAGACUGGGAGAGCUUUGUCAACACUUCUUGCCCCUGCAGUGACACUAGCAAUUUCUACCUCACUCCGUAUGCUGGGCCGAGCGGUCACUUCUUCCUGCACACGAACUCCGACCCGCCUUACACACUCCCUCUUCGGCCGUAGCGAAGUUGCCCGUCACCAAGUACUCUCUGCCUCCGUCUUUUACACAGGCUGCGUUUCAGUGUCUUCGAAUUGCAAAAGCUCCCGGAAGCGCUUCCUCACUACCUCACUGUAUCGUGUUUAGCUUGUGGGAGUAUUGAGAUAUUAUUGCAUGUAUUGUACGAUCAAAUAUUAGGUUAAGUGUCAAGUGGCGCUUUGUGUCAUGCGUGGGCCGUCAAGAAUUGACACGCUAUUAAAAAAAAAAAAAAAAAUAUAUAUAUAUAUAUAUACAUAUAUAUAUAUAUAUAUAUAUAUAUAUAUAUAUACAUAUACUGCCGCGAUAGUCCAUCGAGCCCGGGAAAACGACAUAUCGCCUUUAGAAGUCAAACAUAAGUGUCGUAAGGGAAGUCGACGCCGUGGCACAAGUGCCAUAUAACAUAAUAGUGAAUGGAGUGUCUGCCUAUGUCCUGCAGUGGAAUGAAUGGCUGUAUAAAGAAGAAAAAAAAUGUGUGUAUAUAUAUAUAUAUAUAUAUAUAUAUAUAUAUAUACAUAUGGUACCGCAGGAGAAAAUGACGAAGCUGAAUUUGUUUGUACUAAUAACCUCGACUUUUACGGAUUAUUCACAAUUGUUUUGAUAAAAUGGCAGAUAAUCAAUACACUUCAAUAAACAUCUGUAAAGAAUUUUAUGUUCCUGUUUUUUUGUGUUGCCUUGGAGUUCAUGUUACAGCUAUGCAUUCAAUAUUUCAUAUUCUGUAUAAUACUCCAGUGUUACCAACCAACUGUAUACCAGAACUCGUCGGUUCUUGUGCAAUUCGACAAUAAAGAAAUUGAAAAAUA